GAAGUGUCUGAAGAUUGAGCGGAAGCUGCUCCCGACGGGCUCGGGCGCGACGGGCCCCGCUGCGAGGGGACCAGUCGGGUUUGCGGGAGGCUCCGGCAGCCGGAAGUGCGUUUUAACGGGGUCCGUCCCUCCGAGCGGGGCAGUGACGUGGGCCGCGGGCAGCGCCGGGCCCCGCUGUAGGGAGCCCACGGGAGCCGCCCGCGCCCAGCAGGGGGAGUCCGGAGGAGCCGCCGCGCCUGGGGAGUGCCCUGGACAGCGCCCCCCGGCGCCGCGGGCGGCCGGGCGCCUCCCGGGCCCGCUCCGCGCACCAUGUCCGGGCCGCCGCUGGGGGCGCCGCAGAGCCCCGAGGAAGGGCCCGGCAGCGCCGCGCAGUGCAUUGCAGGCUGUAUGUACCAAGUAGUUCAGACGACUGGGCCGGAUGGAAAAAACCUUCUGAAGUUGCUUCCAAUCACUAAAUCGUCUGGAAAUUUUAUGCCACUAGUUCAGUCAUCAGUUGUGCCUGAUGCUGCAAAAGGGAAUGUAUCAAGUCCAGUUCAUUUUACUUUUAAGACACAGAUUGCCAAUAGCACCACAUCUUCAUCUGUCAAGAUACCUGUUUUUAAGUCCACUAAUCCUGGAAAGAUCAUUCUUACAAGGACAUUGGAUAAACAGGAAAAUGUUAGCGUGAUCCCUGAAAAAGAGAGCUUGACUACAAAACCAGUUUCUAAUGUUCAGAGUAAUUCUGUUUCAGUUGAUAGAUUGUCUUUGCAAAAUGUUGCUGUGUCAACUUCAUCUAACCAGAGUAAUACAGCAUAUGUGUUAGUCAACACAAAAAGUCUUCCAGUGACUGUGAAGUCUCCUGUGCUGCCUUCUGGGCAUCACCUACAGAUACCAGCUCAUGCAGAAGUGAAAUCUGUCCCAGCUUCUUCUUUACCACCUACAGUACAGCAGAAAAUACUUGCAGCUGCAGCUACAAAUGCCUCUGGAGCAGCCGAAGCCACAAAAACACCAACUGUUAUUUAUGUGUCACCAGUAAAUACAGUGAAAACGGUCGUUCCCAAGCGCUUGCAAACCAUUUGCCCAAAACCUGUCACAGAAAUUUCAGAACCCAUCAUAAUGACAACUACACAAACGACGGUAAAGAGUUCUGUUCCGCCAGUGGGAACUUCUGAUGGCCAACAGCGCCAGCAGACUCCGAUGAAAUGGGUCGUGCAAGAAAAUUCCCAGGCAUCAAUACCUUACCUUGUUCCUGUGAAGUCAUCAAAUAACAUGGCUUCAAAGAUCUUGAAAACUUUGGCAGAUAUGAAGAAUGUAGAAAAAAAUUCUGCAAAUAUUUUACCAAUCUGUUCUAACAGCGCUAGUGGAAGUCAGACAAUCACUCCCAUUAAAGAUAAUGCUCUGGUGAUGUACAAUGGGAAAGUGUAUUUACUGACUAAAAGAGGGUCUGAUAUUCUGUCAGCCCAAAUUGACCAACAAGCCUCUCCAGGUACUGAUGCUUCUUUUAAAAAGGACACAUCUCAGCUGAUAACCAAUAAGGUGGUAAAUCUAGUAUUGUCAAAAAAUAAAAGUAUGACACUUACCAAAAAGGGUCCAAAGCCAAGUGUAAAUACAGAGCUUGUUCCACAGCCUGAUUUAAGAAAGAACUUAAAAUCUGCACCCACUCUACUUGCAACACCAAGUGUGAAUCAGCAUAUUAUUACUACAAACCAGUGCAGGCCUUUGUCCACAACAGGGGGGAUUUCAAAUGAAGUGAAACCAGUUAAAAAAAUGGUGACGGAUGAAAACAUGCAUUCUGACAGCAAAGAGAAGAGUCACUCUCCCAAAGCAGCAACUGCUGUUACACCUCAAUCAAAACAACAUUAUGCUUUCAGUGAAGAAGAACAAAAGAUUCGAAAUGAGAAGGUGUGCUCAUCAGAAAAGGCCACUGAAAUCAAACACAAAAGAGAACCCCAUGGGAAACAAUACCUUGAAUUAAGAAAGAAAUUCGGUCUUUUUAAAGAGGAGAGAGUAUACCUUAAUAGAAUUCCCUUUGGAACUCCUGCAGGAUCAGAAGCAAGUGUGUGCUCCAGUAAUAACUUUAAAAAGAAUAAUGAUUCUUGGAGUGCAUCAUCACAAGAAAUGGUGAUAACAACCAAGAAGCAGGACCAUGGUGAAGAGGAAAAGAUAAUUGUGCACCUGGAACAGGAUUUGACUAAAAAAAGAAAAGCAAAACUCUCACCAGUGCCAGAAAAUGGAAAGAGAAGGAAAAUGACGGUCAAAUCAGCCAUAAAUCCAAGCGUGGAAAACAACAGCACCAGUUCUGUAAUACUUAACAAGCGUAUUUCAUCCACACCAGUUUUAUCACAGCAGAAAAAUUCCACAAGCUCUAUUGCAUCUUCUCUAGGGAGGAACUCUGAGCAAGACUCAUGUGUUCAAGAUAACCAAGUUCAAGACACAUGCUGUUCAGCUUUAGUUUCUUCCGAAGAUGAUGUUUCAACUAAUGAAAGUUCCUUUCGAGAAGAUGCUUUCCCUUUGACUCCACCGGACUUGGAUGAAACAAUCAGAGAUGAAAAAAUAAAACGACUGAAACGGCUAUUAAGAGAACGAGAGGCAGCACUGGAAGAAAUUCGUAAAAAGAUGCAGCAGACCUGAAAAAUCUAACUAGUAAUCUGGACCAUAUUCAUUCUGACUCCCUUGACAUUGGUGACUCAAACAAGAGAUUAAUUUGGUUUAGUGCCUCUGAACAUUUAAAAUGAACAUAUAAUCUAAUUUUCUGGUAUUCACAGGACAUUAAUGGGAGCUAAAAUGCAUGUAUAUAGAGGAGAGUAGAUUCCAGGAGUAAGGAACUUAAGAACUGGGUUGUCCAGAAUUCUGCUUUUGGAGAGCCCGUAUGUGUCAAAGAAUUUAGUGUGCAGAAGAUAUGCUACUUUAAUUUUCAGUGUGGUGUAUUCUUUAGCCUUUAGAGUGAGAGCUUUUCUGUACUAGUGCUAGAAAAUUCUCGUGCUUUGGAAUUUCAAGACCUGUUUUUUGGAAAUGAAAUGUGAAUUGAAAACCUCAACUGUAGAUUUUUUUUUAUUAUUAUUUUUAGUGCAUGCUGACUUGUGAAUUACAGGAAAUAAACUAUAACAUUAAAUUGUUUCAAUA